AUGGAUAAAAUUGAAAACAUUGUUUCAAUAACAGUAUGUAGCGCUAGAAAUUUACCAAAUAUGGAUUUAUUAUCACAAUCAGCCGAUCCAUAUUGUGAAAUUUUCUUUGAAAAUCAACAAGUUUUUAAAACUAAUAUAAUUAAAAAAACAAAGAAUCCAACUUGGAAUGCACAUUAUAAUUUAAUUGUUAACGAAUCAAAAUUAAAAUAUGAUAUUACAUUUAAACUUUGGGAUUGGGAUAAAACAUCACAAAAUGAUUAUAUUGGUAAAGUUGAAUUAUCAUUAAAUGAUAUAUUAAAUAAACCAAUUAAAGAUGAAUGGUAUAAAAUUAUAAAAGAGAAAAAGAAUGGUAAAAUUAAAGAACGUGGUGAAAUUCAUAUUUUAACUAAAGUGAUAACAAAAGAAGAGGUUUAUGAUUCAUUUGUUAGUAGUAUUACCAAACAUUUUUCACAUACAGAAGAUGAUACAUUAAAUAUUACAGAUUUCACAGGUCUAAUUACAACAUUGAAUAGUGAAUAUCCAGAACCAGAUAUAGUUCAACUAUUUAAGAAAACCGAUUCCGAUUCGAAUGAAACUAUAUCAGUAUCUGAAUUAAAGCAUUUAUUUUGUGAAACUGAGCAAGGCAAAGAAUUGAUCAACACUUUAUUCCAAGGUAAUACCAAUUUAAUGUGGGAAGCAUACGCAAUCUCUGAUAGCUAUUCCACGAUUGCCGAUAACAUUUUCCAUAAGAAUUUCGGUGGAUCUUUAAAAUCAGAUUCAGAUAGUAAACAAAAGGUGAAAAUCAUCUACAUUCACGAUAGAGAGAGUGGAAAAUUAGUUGAAGAGAAAAUCCCACACUAUAUCGAGGUUAGUCUUAGAAUUAUGUAUUCAACAAGUGGUGGUAGAUCCGCAAUAAAUAAUAGUCAAGUAAAACGAUUAAUGAGAUAUUUAACCAAUAAAACUGGUAAAAAGUAUGAAGCACCAGAAUCUGUGAAAGAGAUUCAACCAUUCAUUAAAUUCCAUUCACUAAAUGUCGAUGAAAUACUUGACCCAUUAUCUAGUUUUAAGAAUUUUAAUCAAUUUUUCUAUAGAAAAUUAAAAGAUUCCGCCAGACCAAUCGCCUCACCAAAUGACCCAAAAAUCGCUGUAUCCCCUGCUGAUUGUAGAUUAAAUGUUUUCCCAACUAUUAAAUUAGCAACUGAACUUUGGAUUAAAGGUAAGAAUUUCACAUUGACAACAUUGAUUCAAGACGAGCAAUUGGCAAGUCAAUAUGAAGAUGGCUCAUUGGUAAUUGCAAGAUUAGCACCACAAGAUUAUCAUAGAUUCCAUGUACCAGUAUCUGGUGUUAUUGGUAAAUCAACACCAAUCGAUGGUGAACUAUAUACCGUUAAUCCAAUUGCAAUUCGUGAAAAUGUUGAUGUCUAUUGCGAAAAUAAACGUAUUGUAACCGAGAUUGAUUCAAAGGAAUUUGGUAAAGUUUUAUUCAUUAGUGUUGGUGCAACUUUGGUUGGUUCCAUUCAUUUAACUACUAAACAAGGUCAACAUGUAAAUAAAGGUGAUGAACAAGGUUAUUUCGCUUUUGGUGGUUCAACAAUUUUAUUAUUAUUUGAAAAGAAUACAAUUGAAUUUGAUAAUGAUUUAAUUGUAAAUUCUUUAAAACCAACUGAAACUUUAAUAAAAGUUAAUUCAUCAUUAGGUAAAAGUUUAUUAUAA